AUGGCCCCAUUUGAGGCUCUUUAUGGGAGGAGAUGUAGGUCUCCUAUCGGGUUGUUUGAUGCCUUUGAGGUAAGGCCAUGGGUUACUGAUCUUUUGAGAGAGUCAUCAGAGAAAGUUAAGGUGAUUCAGGAAAAACUCUUGGUGGCUCAUAGUAAACAGAAGGAAUAUGCAGAUCGAAAGGUCUGGGAUCUUGAGUUCAUGGUUAGAGAACAAGUUUUGUUAAAAGUCUCACCAGUGAAGUGUGCGAUAAGAAGUUACAGUUCAGAUACAGUGACGUCAUCCUUAGUAGCUGAGGUUAAGGAACACCAGUAUGAGGACCCUUCUUUGAUUCAGUAUAGGGAGACAACCCCACAGAAAAAGAAGUCACCCUUUGAGAUUUCCAGAGACGGAGUUCUCAGGGAUGUACCCGUACAUGAUGUCCAGGUUAUAGAGCAGUUAUCCUACGAGGAAGUCCCUGUUGCUAUUCUGGAUCGCCAGGUUCAUAGGUUGCGAACCAAAGAUGUAGCUUCCAUAAAAGUACUCUGGAGGAAUAAGAAUGCAGAUGAGAUGACUUGGGACGAUAAAGAAGAUAUGAAGUCUAAAUAUCCUCAUUUGUUUUUUAUCCCAGAGAAGGUUGGUAGUAAUGCGAUUACAGAGAAGACUCUGCUGAAAUAUUUUAGACUUCUGAAGGUUUAA